GACUUGAACGCACCAUGUCAGCGCUCUUAUGUUUUUCUUCGUUUCUAUAGGUCGGUAUGUUUACGAUAUAGGUACGCUUUUCGCGCAUUCGAAAAAUAUAAUGUAUCUACGCGUACCCAUACGAUAUUUAUUCAAUAUCAUAUUUUUGGAUGUGAUCAUAUUACGAUCGUCUAUGGACAGCGAUCGGUAUUAAAACGUUUUUUUUUUCGUUAUUUUAAGUUUUUGUACGUUAUGCAUAUGCUAAGUGCUCUGACGACUUAGAUAAUAAUAAUUAUACAAUAUAAUAAAACCCUCUACACUCUAUAGUAAUAACUAUAGACAACAUUAAUCAUAUUCUUUUGAUGUUAACAUUGGUCUUAAAAAACAAUUAGUGAGACAAAACACCCGAAUUCAUAUCGCAACUGGUGCCAACAAAAAACUAAGAAAACUACGAUUAUCAAUAAGAAUAUGCUAAAGGGACCUGGUUUACUGAAAUACACCAGCUAUAAAUUAUGAAUAAUAUUAGAAUAUUAAUCCCUCUAGGAGAAUGAAUCGCCUUGGUUACAAUAAACUAUGCAGUACCAAUAUAACGAAGAAUACCAUAUUUGGACAUGAGCAGAAAGGCCACAUCCUGUCACAUAUCUAAUUAGAUCAUCGCACAUUCGCAGAAUCCUAAACUGCGUAAAUAGCUCGUGAACUACAAAUGAGUCACAUCCUUUGACCAGAAGGGACAGAGGAAUAGUAGGAAGGGGGAAACUGACUAUAUAAGGGGGCCCUGAGGAGGACCCCGUCAGACGUGAUCUACCAGAGCCAGCACAAGCACCUUCACGUCACUCGACGCUAUGAAUAAUUCAUCUCGACUUAGUCUAAUUUGCUAAUUAUUUGUUCUUAAACUAAUUUACACAUUUAUUAAUUUAUCCAUUAAUUCAAAUUUUAAAGUUUUUACAUAACUCUAUUUAUUUAACCACGGCAUAUCCCAUUGCUGUUUGGCUCACUACACAUAUAACUCGCAUAUAAGCACAGAUUGCCAUAUGACGGUGCCACAAGUAGAAGAUGAACAAGAACAUCAUUCAGCAUUGACAGUAGCCGAUGAUUCGAAUUCGGCCGAUGUUCCGAAUUUGAAAGGUGAUUGGCAUAACAUUUUUAUAUUGUUAGUGCUGUAUACAAUGCAAGGCAUAGCAGGUCUAGGUUUCUAUACAGGAGUGGCGAUACUUAUGCAAACCAACAAACACAUAACUUAUAAAGAUCAGGCUCUUUUUAGUAUAGUUACAUGGUCAUAUAGCUUGAAAAUGAUCUGGGCACCUUUAGUAGAUGCGUUCUGUAUACAAAAAAUGGGAAGACGAAAAUCUUGGCUAAUACCUGUUCAAUAUUUAAUUGGAGGAUGUUUCAUUUAUAUAGGCAAUAAUAUUAACGAAUGGUUACCAGAAACGGAAAAGCCAGACGUAUUGAAAUUGUUUUACGCGUUUUUCUUCGUUCAAAUUUUGGUAGCCACACAAGACAUAGUUGUCGACGGUUGGGCACUAACAAUGCUAAAGAAGAAUAACGUAGUGUAUGCAUCAACUUGCAAUGGAGUUGGCGCACCACUGGGCAUAAUGAUGGGCUCCUUUUUUCUCGUUUUGUUCACAUCAGAAAAUUUUUGUAACAAGUACUUACGAUUUACACCGGUUACAGGUGGAAUAUUGACCAAGGAAUAUUUAUUUUACUGUUUGGCCGUUCUUUUUAUUUUAAUAACAACAUUGAUUUUGAUCUUCAAAAAAGAAAAAGAAUACAGGUCAGAGGAAAACUACAUAAAGCUCAACGUUAUUCAAAGUUAUCUACUUAUAUGGGAUAUUUUAAAAAAACCUAGUAUCCGGGUAUUGAUGACUGCAUUGUUGACAGCGGAGAUUGGAUUCGCUACAACUGAACAAAGUUUGUUGAUUUUAAAACUCAUUGAAACAGGAGUACCAAAACACAAUAUUAUGGUAAUAAACUCAUCAACGUACAUUGUAAACAUUAUUACUCCGAUCAUUAUAUCAAAAUACACUUCGGGACCUAAACCAAUGAGCGUAUUCUUAAAAGUAACACCCGCCAGAUUAAUUUGGAACAUUACGUUUGUUAUAUUUAUAUAUUAUACAACAAAAUUCCUUACAACUUAUGAAAAUAUAGGUUUUCCAAUAUAUUAUUAUGCAGUUUUAGCAAUAUUAUUCAUAAUAAAUAACAUUCUAGGCAUGACUAUGAAAGUGUCUAAAUUUGCUUUAUUCAAUCGUAUAAGUGAUCCUCGUUUUGGUGGUACAUAUAUGACAUUAUUGAAUACGUUUUCUUAUUUGGGAACGUUUUCAUCGACUUCACUAGCGAUUUCAAUGAUAGAUUUUUUAACAUUCAAAGAAUGUCCAUUAAAUUAUGAUAACAAUUGUUCUACAUCAAAUCAAAACAACACGUGUAUAACAAAUGGGAGUAGUUGCAUUGUAACAGUUAACGGCUAUUACGUAGAAUCGGCUCUUUGUAUAUUGUUUGGAAUCGGAUGGUACUAUAUUUUCAGAGGUACUCUUAAAAAACUUCAAGUAAAGAGCCCUUCUCAUUGGAUGGUCAAUGUAAAAAAUAAUAAAGUGAAGAAAAAUGAAACAACUGAGUACACAAUGGUUGAAAAUACACAGUGAAAUGUAUUACCUUGCUAAACUAUAUUAGGUCAAUCAAUAAUAGUUUUGCUUUUUAAUAUUUCAUCUUAGGUAAUCCUAGUUUAUCUAUGUUAAUUUUGUAUUGUUAAUUAAUUUAGUUAUCGUCGAUUAUACUUGUGCUAAGUUAAGAUAAAUAAUUUAUUAUUAAACGAUAUUAAAUUGUCUCUACUUACUUAUAAA